UACCAUUUGCGAGGAGGGACUGGGGGUGGUAGGAAACCGAACCCCGCCCAAGUCUCCGUUGUUGGAAAAUAUCCUUUCCCACGACGGCAAGAGAAGCUCGCGCUAUUUUCAAGAAGUUCACAAAAACCCGCGUUUGGAUUGGUUUAGCUCAAGGGCUCUGCCCCGCUCGCAAGGACCUUGCGAAAGAGUCCCCUGAACUUUGAACCACCUUUGCACGCGGCGAUAAACAACAGGCGCAGUAUAAAUAGCAGCGGACUGCCGCUCUUGCUGUUUUUUAGUUGUUUUUUCCUUGGACGGGACAGAGCUGUUAAGUCGAGCCAAGCGAAGGGCGGAGCCCGGCUGAAACCCAGCCAUGUGGGUUGGGCUGGGAAUCGCCUUGGCGCUCUCUCUCCUUCCAGGAGGAGGGGCAGAGAGCCAGGGCCCAAGCACCCGCUGUAAAGAACCUCCAGAAUGGCAUAUCGGGGAGCAAAAUCCUAUGCUGGAUUCCAGAGGAUCUGUGACAGUCGUUGCUCUCCUCCAAGCUAGCUGAUACUUGUGCUUGUUGCAGGCUUCCAGACUGGGAGACCUGCAGCAGAAGCUGGAAAGCAAUGGGUUGAUCAAUAUCUCCAUUGUGGUGGUCAAUCACCAAGGAGGCCAUUCCCAGCGGAAGUAUCACCUUUUGAGAGAGAAGGUUUCGGAGAACAUUCCUGUAUACCAGCAGGACACGAAACAGCCUGAUGUCUGGACUACUCUGAAGGGAAACAAGGAUGACUUCUUGAUUUACGACAGGUGUGGCCGUCUAGUGUAUCACCUUGGUUUGCCUUACUCUUUUCUGAGUUUCCCAUAUGUGGAAGAAGCCAUUAAGAUCACAUACUGUGAAUCUACAUGUGGAAAUUGCUCUUAUCUGACACCAGAGGUUGAAGAAAUAUGCAAGAACAUAACAAAGACACCCGCUGAAGAGCCAACAGAAGUGGAACCAAUGGAGGCAGCACCUCUUACCACCACCACACACUUGCCCCCCCAUGAGUAUCAUGGCCGCAGGCAUCAUCACCGGGAGGGGGGGCACAGACAUCGGUCCCCGCAGAACAGUCAGCGACAGAACAGGAUUGUGGCGCAUAACCGAGAGGGUCAGGAUGUUGCAGAUGCUGCCCCACAAGUAGUUGUGGAGGCUGCCCCACAAGGGAAGAGGCUUUGACGGAAAGGAAAUGCUGCCUGAAAACAGCCGUUGAGCUGAAACUGGCAGCUGUCGACAGGAGGCACUUCAGUUGGUAGCUGAUGCUGACACUGUCGACACCUGUUGUUUGAAGAUCUGCGGAGCGUAGCUUCCUGACACUGCCGCGGAGAGCUCCCGUCUUCCUGCCGGUGACAGGGGCAGCUCUUGGCAGAGAACAUCACUGAGUCUUGUCAGUGACGUCUGCCAGCAGCUGCUUGACUGUCGCAAGCAGCAAGUGAGCUUGAAACAUCUGAUGCCUGACAGUGAGCAGGGAGGGCAGAGAACUGAGCCUGAAGAACAGUCUAAACAUCUUAAAUGCUAGGGAAGAUCCUUUCACUUAGAAUGCAUUCUGUAUUAACGCGGUCAUGGGUGUCAUCACAGUUGCCUAAUUCAGCGAAGGCCAACCUGAGGCUCUGUAGCUGCUGUUGGACAACAACUCCCAUCAUUCUUCGCUACAAUAAAUUGUGGCUGAGAACAAUGGACGUUGUAGUCCUAACCACUGCUGGAGAGCCUCAGGUUGGCCCUCCCUGGCAUAACUGGUAAUAUUUAACCAAGACCCCCAAAAGGAGUUAACAAAAAAUGAUGAUCUUCCUGAAAUGUACCAUUAUGUGAACAUCCUAAAGAAAGUAAUCUAUGUCACUCCAUCCACAAACCAGUUAAGUCAAAGUACUUGGCUUUUGGAUUUAUUUGUUCAGUUGAAGUCAAGUGCUGCAGUUUAACUGGUUUGGGAUUGAGCUGCCAGAGUCAGCUGAUGUUGGGUUUUUUUUUUUAAGGGAAAGUUUCUUAUAAUGGUACAACGUGUUUUUCAGUGCCAGUUCAAAGUGUUUGUAGUAUUUGGUUAGCUUAUCUUUCUGGUUCUCUUCUACCAUUCUGUUUGCAUUCGUGACGACAGAAGCAGAAACUAUAACCUAGGGGCUUCUGUUCAAUAUAUCGCAACCAAGAACAGGAGAGGACAAGAAAAGAUGUGUUAACUAGCUUUAAAUGUUUUCAGAAGACCAAGAAAAAAGAUAAAAAUGUGAGUCAUCAACCUAUUCAAGUCUUAAGAGCCACUUAAUGAUCAAAGUGUAUUCUAGAAGUUUGUGCACAUUGAAAUAUGAACAGUAUUCCAAAGGAAUUUGCCAGAAUCCCUAACUCCAAAGAAAGGGAUUUUGUACAUGCACAUUUAACAAUAAGAUCCUAUAGUAAAAUUAGGAUAGGCCCUUGAUACCUUUUUAAAAUAAGCUUUCUGUAUUUCUGAAAUUGCUAACUCAAGGAUCACAGCCAUUGGGAAUUGGGAGUGAGGUUGGGAAUGGGGCAAGCAUAAGCAAAUCUCAUUAAAGGGUCUAAAACGCCUCUGUUGAUUACAUGUCAUCCUAUUGUAGUCAGCCUUGUUUCCUACUGACUUGUGGCUUGUCAUUGCUAGGACUGCCUUUGACCACCUUUUUCUAGCUGAUUAAUGAAACUUGUAUGAUGUCUCUUAUUAUGUAGCUAAAUAGCAUGCCUCAUUGUGUACAUUUUGACUUUUCUGAAAUGAACUGAAUUUUGUGCUGAAGGAUUUCGAGAUGACAGUGUUCAACACAUACAAUCUACGUGGAAUGUAUUUGCCAUAAUUAUUGAUGGUUUAAUAGGGAAACAAACCCUCCUACAAACCUGAAUUCUUUUAUGGUGAACAUUAGCAAGCAUGAAAUAGUUUGGUAUAUGACUGAAAAGUAUGUGUGUGGAACACUUGACAAGGGAUUUUUUAAUAAACAAGAAAAGUCUGGCUAUCCAUUGCCUUAUCACAA